AGCCGCCUCAACUUAUUCAACUGCGGCCGCCCCCCGGCUCUCAGCACAAGACUCCGGCCAUGGCGUGCGCGCUGCUGCCAGCAGGUGCGGCCGCGGCCCUCUCGUCUCCACGUUGGAGCGCCGCCGCCUCGACGAAGGGACAUCCGAACCAAGUUGGGUGCAUGAAUCAUCUUCACCAGCUUCACUUGAAGCUGCCCUUAGCCGCAGAGUCCCACGGGUCCAGGAGCCUUGUUGGCUGCUGCAUAACUUCACGUUUGUCAGCAGAAGCAGCUACUUCAAGCAGAUCUGCAGAUGCUUCAAGUUCUGGCAAAGAUGUAUCCAUGGGAGACUCCGUGGGUACUGUUUCAGGUGCACCCAUCGUCAUCUCAGGCUACUGGAUUGGUCCUGACAUGGAUGAUGGUUGUGGUCAUAUUCAAGCCAUCCUGCAAAGGAUUUCCUGAUAAUGUAUGGUGGUAAUCUAGGAAAGUUCUUACAAAAGAGAAUAUAUCCAAAAGAGGCUGGACUAGGGAUAAACAUCAGAUCUUCGUACUGUUGAUGAGAAUACAUAUCACCUAUUUUUUCAGUGCCCUUUGGGGAGAUUAAUGUUGGGGAGCGGCCGAAUGUUCAUUGGAAAAAAUCCUCACUGGUAUCCUUGUUUAGGUUGGCCGGUUCUAAUGGCUGCUAAAAAUGUUUAGCAUCUAUUUUUGUGACCAUUUGGAAAUUGAGAAAUAAGGUUUGUUUUGAGAACAAGGUUCCUCAUGACCCCACUGGGGUGGUUUUCCAAAUUUGCCAUCUCAUGGAUUACUGGUGUGAACGGCUGGAACUAAGAAUGCAGAAAUCAUUGACCGGCUAAAGCUGGUGAUUCACUGAAGUUUUCCAAAUUUUCAAAAGAAGGAUUGUAAUGUGAGGUCAUCUUGACAGUGCGGUAGCUGAGAGAUGGAAACUAUGACAAAUUGAGUCGCAAUCGUGGUAGAGUUAGUGGCCAGGAGUAGAGUUGCAAUGUGCAAACUGAGCUAUAUCUCUGGAAAAUUUCCUUGUUUGGUGCUGCCUCAUGUUUUCGGUAGAUUGGCUUUGGCUGUGCUGACAUGGUGUUUCAAAACCUUAAUGUGUACAGGCUUUCUUUUCUUUCUGCUUUGUAAAGAACUAG